CACCUCUCACAGCGUAUUCGCCCAAGGAUCUCCUCCUAAGCAACAUCUGCCUCCGUAGCUUGGCAAAGAGAGAGAGAGAGGAAAAAGGAUGGCACCUUCCAGUCUUGUCUUCAUGGAUCAAAAUGGCCUGCUCACCCCGAAAGAAAAAAAUAAACUUAGAAAGCCGGUGGUGGAGAAAAUGCGCCGCGACCGAAUCAACAGCAGCAUUGAGCAGUUGAAGCUUCUGCUGGAGAAGGAGUUUCAGAGGCACCAGCCCAACUCCAAGCUGGAGAAAGCCGACAUCCUUGAGAUGACCGUGGACUACUUGAGGCAGCAGAGCCAGCAAACCAAAACGUUGGGGCCUGUUCAUAAAGACACACAGGUGGACUUCACCGAAGGGUAUUCCAGAUGCCUACAGGAAGCCUUCCAGUUCAUGUCUCGCCACAAAGUCCAUGCAGAAACUCAGGCUAAGCUCGUGAACCACUUCCAAAGGAACCAGCUAUCUCUGCCUGAAGCCGUCCACUCAACGUCCGGGCUGAAGCACUCUUCCUCCAAGAACAUCCAUGCUCUUUGGAGGCCCUGGUAGGCUGCUCAAAAGCUGCCAGUGGACUUUGUUUCUAGAGGGAGGGCUGGACUCCAUCCAAUCAUCCAGCCCUGGUCUUCUUCUUCGUAGGGAAUGUUAUUUCCCCCCCUUUUAAAAUUAUUUAUUCUCGGGGAGAAACGGAAUGAUUUGGACUCGUGUAGUCUGUUGAAUGCCGAUCUUUGAUGGGCAAAAUCCCCACACUCUGGAGAAGAGGGUGGGGACAUGUAUCUUCAUAAUGAAGUUGCCGUGGGAGGGUGUUAUGUCUUGAACAGCAAAUUGUUUGUUGUCGAAGUGUAGAAAGAUUUUUCAGAAUCUUGAAGCUGCCAAAGGUGGCAGCAGGACAGGGAUGGGGAACUGAAAGGGCCUCUACAUGGUGUGAAACCCCAGCCAGCCUAGCCAAUGGUUAAGCAUUUUGGCAACUGGGGGCUCACAGGUCCCCCAUCCCUGCAGUAGGAGAUCAUUCUCCCUUUGCCUGUAAAAAGCUUCUGGCUUUUGCUCUCUUCCUGCUCUGAGAAACCAGAUUUCUAGUUUCCUGGUGGGAUGAUUAUUAUUAUUAAUUUUUGUCUGGUUGAUAGAAACUUCAGGUCUUCUGUUUUGGACAAAAAGAAUGCUGUGAUGUUUCGCUGAUUGUUUCUUAGAGAAACGGUACUCUCUCCCUUUCUAUUAAAUAAGAAAAAAGUCUAGUGAGAGGUUCUGAUUUUUCAAUGUCAUACAUUCUGAGAGUAAGGACGAUUCGUUCUCGAUUGUGGUUUGUUUGUUUUUUUGUUUCAUUGAAAUAAUGGUGUUUCCUCUUGGAUGGGGAAUGUUGCCACCCGUGUCAUGGGUGGUGUAUGUUUUUUUGGGUUUUUUAUCCUGAUGCCAGGAUCAAUAUAUUGAGUGCAUACUGUGUAUGCCUUUUGUAUACGCCAUUCGAAAGCAAAAGAAUAAAAAUUAAAAUAAACCGUA